AUGCGACUAGUGGCUCCGGUGGUGGCGGUGCCACCUCAUCAUCUUCAUCAACCACCGCGGCGACCGCCAAAACAUUCGUUAGGAGGAGUGUCAUCAUCGUCGUCGUCGCACGGUGGGUGCAACUGCGGCAAGACACAACGAAGUCAACGGUCACACCACACUCACAGCACCAUCAGCUGUACGGUCCGGAAGGAGCUGGCAUCGUACGAGAAUCCACACCAACAGCCUCCACCACCGGUUACGGUGAGACCGGCCAAACGUAACGCCAGCACGGAAAGUCUGGAUCUGCUCAACCGGAGCCCUCCGGAGUGCAGCUGUGCCGUGUACAGUCCCAACUCAAUCGACGGAAGCAAGUGCCGGAAGUGCAGCCAGAGUCGACAGGCUCUGACCACAUCCGGCCAGCGUGCACAGAAAAAGUACAACUCAUCAAAGUACAAGGACGCUUCCACCUCUCCCAAAUCAAACAGUCCGCUGAGAGUAGUAUCAACAGAACCGAAGAGUCCCCGUAGCCCGAAAAGUCCUCGCGCGGAAGCAUCCACGGAUACAAAGUUUGACUUUCCGUGCUCACCUCGAACCGAGAGCCACUACAAACGGCUAUCCACGUUGAGCAUCAACGCUGGCCAAAAGAACGUAGGCACAAGCCCGAGAAAGCAACCGGUAAGUCCCAACAAGCUAACUCCGGUGAAGAGCGAUCGUGUCCUGGAAAAGUCAAACUCGCUGGGCGAAAGCAAACCUCAGAAGCAACUCCGUACAACGCGAAGUCUUUCGCCGAGACCACCAGUCAAACACCAGCAUUCGAUCAUGGUAUCCGAUGAGAACGAUAUCGUAUCGGUGAAGUUGUCUCCAAACGAAGAAUUUGAUGAGACAAAAGAAAAGGCAAAGGAUGAGGAUGGAAAGACGGCAGUGAAGAAGAAAGCACAGAGCGAAGCCAAUUCGCCGAACUUAUCUGACUGUGGUAGUUUGAAGCUCGAUGACACCAGUUUGAAGAAUGCCAAUAACCGAAGCACCAGCUGCUUGGUGUAUGUUCCUUCAGAUCCAUGGACGCGUAUGUCGGCCAUUCCCUCUCCCAUUCCCACCAAAAAGCAACAGGACCACCACCAAAAGGCCAAAAAGCUGGCUAGCAAAUCUUUUAGCAAACCAAAUCUUGAAUACUUUGAAGAUUCGGACCCCUGGGUUUAUCGGUCCAACAUUGUUCUGAGCGAGCAGGCCGUCAAAAAGAAGGGCUCACUGCCACACCAGACCAAAUCCCUCAGCAGUGCCCUCAGUCGAGACGGUGGAUUCGACAACGCACGAGCCCAGCGCUUGUGCCAUCAACGAUCACUGACCAAGUUUGACAAGAACCUGACCAUUCCGGGCAUUGAUCUUCACUUUGAUGCCCGCAAGAAAAUCACCCGACCCAAGCUGCAGCGCUCCAAGUCACCCGCGUUCUACGAAGAACUCUUCCAACCGGAAAAAGGAACCACUCCCAACAAGUCCCUAAACAAAAACAAAUCGGUGUCCUCGCUCAAGAUCGAGAAGAACGCCAGCAACUCGAACAUCAACAACGGUGCCAAAUGUACCUGCCACGAGGGCAACUCGCUCGGUCGACCCAGCAACCACAACACCAAGUGCUGCGAAAACGUGUACAAGUCCUCUACGAGCAUCACUUCGCCCACCAUAAAGAAGCAACAAUCGUCGCCAAAGCUGUGCAUUCCGCAGUCCCCACCAACCAACGCCAACCAGCCGGAACUGGUCAAAGCCUCGCUCACCGUACUAAACCCGAACCUGUUGCAACCCCGCCACAGUUUUUCCACAACGCCCACCCAAAAGGACGACGAACUGCAGCUCAACAUCCGGCGGUUGAGCGAACAGAUGAACAAGUACCACCACCACACCGGUGGCGGCGGCAGCGCUGGUACUGGCUACUUUUCCCAAAAGAAGCAGGCACCGAGUUUCAUGAACGAUACCAUUCCGGCACCUCCGCUGACCAAGAGCAAAAAGUCCAGCAGUGGAGGCGCGGCCGGUGGAAGUGGAGGACUGCUGGUCAGUAGCGGAAGUAGCAACGCGUUGCUGAUUGAACCGGGCCAGAAGCAACGCGCCUCGUCGCACUCGAAGAUAAACGAUCCACUGAUGGAAACACGAUGCUAAGGGUUUGAACGGGAAGGGGUUCGAGGAAAGAGUGCGAUUUGGGAACAGUUUUAUUUUGAUCUUGAUAAAUUGUAGAAUUCCUACACCCAAACGAAA